CAUCACUACCGUCUCCCUAGAAUAACAUCUGCCUCGUCUCCUCACUCUCACUUAACCCCAUAUUAGGCACUAUGGCCUCAGCAAGAAUCUACGACGUCCUCAUCAUUGGCGCCGGACCAGCAGGUCUCUCGACGGCCCUCGGGCUUGCCCGUCAGACGUAUUCCGCGAUUGUCUUUAACUCCAAUCAAUAUCGUAACGCCUUUGCUGAUCGGAUGCACAACAUCCUGACCUGGGACCACAAACCCCCCAGCGAUUUUCGUGCCGCUGCCCGAGACAACAUCGAGUCUCGAUAUAGCACCAUCCAUUUCAUGAACGCAACAAUCACAUCGGCCGCGGCGAAAGAAGACGGGACGUUUGAGGUGGUGGAUGAGCAGGAGAAUAAAUACCAGGGAAGGAAGCUCGCCCUUGCCACGGGCGUCACCGACGUCUUGCCGGAUAUCAAGGGGUUCAGCGAGUUGUGGGGGAAGAACAUAUUCCACUGUCUAUUCUGCCAUGGAUUUGAAGAGCGCGGUGCCGAGUCUGCUGGGGUUCUGGGAGGCGGCUUCAUCACCGAGCCUGCCAUGAUACUUCAUAUGGCACGGAUGGUAUCGCCUCUUGCCAAAAAGGUCACUGUCUACUGUGACGGAAAUGAAGAGCUUGCUGCGCAGCUGCAGAAAGAGUUCAAGGGCAAGCCAUUGGAGAUCGAAUCGAGAAAGAUCACUGCUUUAGAGAAGCAAGGCGAGAGCGUCACUGUGCGGUUCGACAGCGGUCAGAGUCAGCAGGAGGGCUUUCUGGUUUCUGCCCCUCGCGUCCGGAUCAACGGCCCGUUUCACGAACAGCUGGGCCUGAAUGUCGACCCGAUGGGAUUUAUCAAGACAAACGCGCCAUUCAACGAGACAAAUGUGCCAGGCUGUUUCGCUGUUGGCGAUUGCGGAUCGCUGAUGAAGUCGGUGCCUCAAGCACUCGCGACAGGCUCCUUUGCGGCAGCAGGUUUAGUUGCGCAGCUCGGUGCCGAAGGCGAGCUGUGA